UAGCUCCCUGGCAGGAUGCAGAUGGAAGUUUCUGCGCCUCUUCUGUGGGGGGCUGUGAAAUGAUUCAGGUGUUGCUACAGAGGUUUGCCAGAGUGAUGCACUGAUGCUGAGGAGGCAUCAACAGCUAUGGGACUGUAACCCUGUCAAAUGUAAACACUGGCAGUGUCUACAGAGAGAAAUCGUGAGACGCUGAAGCAGAGUGUAGCUGCUGCCAAGCAGGUCAUCUGCUCACUAAAGCUCAGAUUGCAGUGUACCCAAAUCAUAAAACAUGAACCUGUCCAGGCGGAUUGAAUGGAGGACUCUGAAUGUGAGCAGUAGUGUUAUGAACAUAUCUGAGCAUCUCUCCUGCCCUCUUGGAUUUGGUCACUACAAUGCAGUUGACAUCUGUAUCCUUGAGACAGUUGUUAUUGUCUUGCUAACGUUUUUAAUUAUUGCGGGUAACUUAACUGUUAUAUUUGUUUUUCACUGUGCUCCACUUCUGCAUCAUUAUACCACCAGCUACUUUAUUCAGACCAUGGCCUAUGCUGACCUUUUUGUUGGAGUUAGCUGCUUGGUUCCUACUUUGUCGCUGCUUCACUAUUCGACAGGUGUCCACGAGUCCUUGACAUGUCAAGUUUUUGGAUACAUCAUCUCCGUGCUAAAAAGCGUCUCUAUGGCGUGUCUUGCGUGCAUCAGUGUGGAUCGCUAUCUCGCUAUCACAAAGCCUCUCUCCUAUAACCAACUGGUCACACCUUGUCGCUUGAGGAUCUGCAUCAUUUUGAUCUGGAUAUACUCUUGUCUGAUCUUCUUGCCUUCCUUCUUUGGUUGGGGAAAACCUGGUUACCACGGAGAUAUUUUUGAAUGGUGUGCUACCUCCUGGCUAACUAACGCCUAUUUCACGAGCUUUAUCGUGUGCUUACUCUAUGCUCCUGCUGCCUUUGUCAUAUGCUUCACCUAUUUCCACAUCUUUAAAAUUUGCCGACAGCACACCAAAGAGAUAAAUGAUCGGAGAGCUCGAUUUCCUAGCCACGAAGUGGAUGCUGCUGGGGACACUGGGCACAGCCCUGACCGCCGUUACGCCAUGGUUUUGUUUCGGAUAACCAGCGUGUUCUACGUGCUGUGGCUCCCUUAUAUCAUAUACUUUCUGCUGGAGAGCUCUCGGGUGUUGGAAAACCCAGCGCUUUCCUUCUUAACAACGUGGCUUGCUAUAAGCAAUAGUUUCUGCAACUGUGUGAUAUAUAGCCUCUCCAACAGUGUUUUCAGGCUGGGACUCCGGAGACUGUCAGAGACAAUAUGUUCAUCUUGUAUGUGUUUAAAAGACAGGGAUAUACGGGACCCUAAGCCAAGAAAACGGGCUAAUUCCUGCUCUAUUUAAAGAGAACUGGAGCAUGUAAUCAAACAUGGAGUUUUGAUAGCAUUUGAUAUAUCUGGAAACUUGCCAGAACAGAAAUAUUUACUUGAAUAGUUUGCUAUGAUCUUAGGGAUGAGUUUAAAAGGGAUUUCAAGAAAAGGAAAAGGCGGCUAUAAGAGGGGUCACUGAACUUAAAUACAGCUCUUGAAAUUGUGGGGAGAGAUUCAGCAGAGAAGAUGAAGAAAGUCAGAACUCAAAUCUUCCAAACGGCAUGAAAUAACUAGCAAUCAAAGGAGGUUCCUUGUAAAAUCAGUUAGUUAUUAGUUACUACUUUAUAUUUUUCCCCUUGUAGAAAGGUUGUCUUAUUAUCUUUGUGUCAGAAUAUACUGUAGCCUUCUGAAUUUAAAUAUAUUUAAGAGGAAAUAAUCAACAACACAGUAAGUGGCUAUCCAUAAAUUAUAUUCCUGAGGAUUUACAGUAGAUGUUGCAGAUUAAUAAUCAGCAUUCUCUCUGCUUACAUCUUGUACAAUUUUCAGUUGUACAAAUAAUCCGCAAUUCAUAAAACAUGCUCUGGGCAUGAUGCUUUUGGAUAAAAUUGCACAUUUUGAUACAAUUUUCACAAAACUACUACUUCUCUUUUUCCAU